AUGACCACAGUGCAGUCAGGAACCAUUCCCUAUUCCUUGCCCUACUUCUCUGAACCCGACUAUGAGCUUCCUGUACACCACGCUGCCGAGGUCUGGUUUCGUGAGAGUUGGGGCCCCGCCCACCAGCUCUCUGCCACUUCCGCUCUGGAUGCUAUGGAAGGUCUCCAGGGGUUGCAGCUUCGAAAGCUGAGGAGCAGAGCCUGGGACAACCCUGCCUGCAGUGCUCCCCCUUCCCCACACUGAACCCUGGGUCUCUGCACCAUCUCCAGUGUGGUGCCCUCCCCUUCCCCACCCAAGAACCCUGAAGAUGGCCCUCCUCAGGAGAAGGCGCCCAGGAACCUGGGGCCCAGCUGCUGCCUCCAUAUUGGUCGAGGCAUCGGAGGUACUUGGGGAACAAGCCUGAUGGAGAAUACAGCCGAGAACCAGAAACUUUAUGUCAAGACCACCCUGCGGGAGCUUCUGGUGUAUAUCGUCUUCCUGGUGGCCAUCUGUCUCUUGACUUACGGAAUGACAAGCUCCAGUGCCUAUUACUACACCAAGGUGAUAUCAGAUCUCUUCUUACACACUCCAUCCGACACCGGUGUCUCCUUCCAGAUCAGCAGCACGGCCGACUUCUGGGACUUUGCCCAGGGCCCACUCCUAGACAGUUUGUAUUGGACCAAAUGGUACAACAACCAGAGCCUGGGCCGGGACUCUCACUCCUUCAUCUACUAUGAGAACCUGCUCCUGGGAGUUCCGAGGCUUCAGCAGCAGGUCCGCAAUGACUCCUGUCUGGUCCAUGAGGACUUCCGCGAAGACAUUUUGAGUUGCUACGAUGCCUACUCUCCAGAUAAGGAAGAGCAGCUCCCCUUUGGGCCCCCAAAUGGCACAGCAUGGACCUACCACUCGCAGGACGAGUUGGGAGGCUCCUCCCACUGGGGCCAACUCAACCACAGUGGAGGCAACUCCUAUCUGGACCUCGUGGGAUCUCGACAGGCCAGCGCAGAGGCACUCCGGGACCUACAGGAGGGGCUGUGGCUGGACGGGGGUACUCGGGUGAUCUUCAUCGACUUCUCAGUCUACUACGCCAACAUCAAUCUUUUCUGUGUUCUCAGGGUGAUGGUGGAGUUUCCAGCCACAGACGGCGCCAUUCCAUCCUGGCAGAUCCGAACAGUGAAGCUGAUCCGCCAUGUCAGCAACUGGGACUUCUUUAUGGUCGGCUGUGAGAUCAUUUGCUGCAUCUUCAUCUUCAACUAUGUGGUGGAGGAGAUCUUGGAGCUUCGCUACCUCAGUAGCAUCUGGAACAUCCUAGACCUAGUGGUUAUCUUGCUGUCCAUUGUGGCGGUGGACUUUCACAUAUUGCGCACCCUCGAGGUAAAUCGGCUGAUGGGGAAGCUCCUAGAGCAACCAAACAUAUAGGCCGACUUCGAGAUCCUCGCCUUCUGGCAGACGCAGGACAACGACAUGAAUGCGGUCAACCUCUUCUUUGCCUGGAUCAAGAUAUGCAAGUACAUUAGCUUCAACAAAACUAUGACCCAGCUCUCCGCCACCCUGGCCGGCUGUGUGAAGGACAUCCUGGGCUUCGCUGUCGUGUUCUUCAUCGUUUUCUUCAAUGCCUAUGCCCAGCGCGCCUACCUGCUUUUUGGGACCCAAGUGGGAAGCUUUAGCGUGUUCAUGAAGUGCAUGGGUGUUUUCACUCAGUUCCAGAUCAUCCUUGGGGACUUUGACUUCAAUGCUAUCGACAAUGCCAAGCGAAUCCUGGGCCCUGCCUACUUCGUAACCUACGUCUUCUUCGUGCUCCUAAACAUGUUCCUGGCCACCAUCAAUGACAUUUAUUCAGAGGUCAAGGAAGAGUUGGCUGGACAGAAAGAUGAACUACAGCUUUCCGACCUUCUGAAACAGGGUUACAAUAAGACCCUAAUGAAGCUGUGACUGAGGAAGGAGCGGGUUUCAGACAUGCAAGAGGCCUUGCAGGGCGGAGAGCAGGAUCAGUUCAAGGAUUUCACCAAUACCUUGCGGGACCUGGGGCAUGCAGAGCAUGCCAUCACGGAGCUCGCAGCUGGCUUUACCAGCUUUGACCAAGAUUGCAUCCUGGAUGAGAAGGACCAGGCACAGAUGCGCCAGGAUCUGGAGGAGGAGAGAGUGGCCCUCAGUGCAGAGACUGGGAACUUGGGCCAGUCCAUAGAGCGAAGACCACCCAGAGAGCCGGGCUCUGAGGCGGCCAGAGUCAGUGGCAGUGUUUCAGGAGAAGACUUCGGCAUGCUGACAAGGAGAGUUCUGCAGCUGGAGACGGCCCUAGAAGGAGUCAUGUCCCAGGUCGAUGCUGUGGGCUGGAAGCUGAAGAUGCUGGAGAGGAAGGGCCAGCUGGUUUCUCCCCUGACCUGGUGA